UUUUUGUUAUUUUAUUGGGAUUUGUACGUGUGUAUUUUAAUUAGUUUAAAUUAUUAACUUAGUAAGAGGUCCUCCCCCCGGCGCGGAAUGGCGGACAAAAAGAAGUACAAGAAAACCAAAGAGGAAAUCCGGCGGGAAAUCGCUCGAGAGUUUGAUCUGCCGGAGCGCAAGUCCAAGAUAGCCACGAUACUUAAGCAGGAGGACCAGGCCUACUGCAUCUGCCGUACCUCCGACUGUUCCCGGUUUAUGAUAGGCUGUGAUGGCUGCGAGGAGUGGUACCAUGGCGACUGCAUCGGCAUCACCGAGAAGGAGGCCAAGCACAUCAAGCAGUAUUACUGCCGGCGCUGCAAGAGGGAGAAUCCCGAGUUGCAGACCAUUUUCCGCUUGGUGUCCACCGAACGGGCUGCCGCCUCGAAUGCGGCCUCCACCAGCCUGGGUGCCGGAGCCUCAGGUCCGCCUGGGGCGCCGCCUGCUGCCGGAGCAGCUCCGUUGCCCCCGCCAUCGGGGGCGCUGAAGCGGAAAAGCAGCAACGCUCGGGAGACCAAGGUUGGCAGGCGUUGCGGCACCUGCGAGGGAUGCCGGCGUCCCAAUUGCAACCAGUGCGAUGCAUGUCGGGUCCGCGCCGGUCACAAGCCUCGCUGCAUCUACCGCACCUGCGUCAACCAGCCGAACGUCAACGAGCCCGGCACCUCUCAGUCGAGCACGGGAGGCAGGAAGCGCGAAAAGGCUACCGCCAGCAAAGCUCGCAAGGCAAAGGUCGGCAUAAAGCGAGCCGCCAGUCCAGAGGUGUUCCUCAAUCCCGAGCUGGAGGGUACGCGUCAGUGUCACGGUCCCGGCUGCUGCUGCCAAGCGCGGCCGCAGAGCAAGUACUGCAGCGACAAGUGUGGUUUCAACUUGGCCACCAACCGCAUCUUCCAGGUGCUGCCGCAACGCCUGCAGGAAUGGAAUCUGACGCCGUGUCAUGCCGCCGAGGAGACUCGCAAGCAACUGGAGGGCAUCCGUCAGAAGCAGGCUUUGGUGCGCUUCGCCCUCGCCGAACUGGAGAAGCGCUCUGAUGAGCUUAAUAUGGUUGUGGAGCGAGCCAAGCGCAGCUCCAUUGACACGCAGGGAUCGCAUGAUUCCGGCGACGCGGAGGAUGAGCAGAGCAUGUACUGCAUCACCUGUGGCCAUGAGAUCCACUCGCGCACGGCCAUCAAGCAUAUGGAGAAGUGCUUCAACAAGUACGAGUCGCAGGCCAGCUUCGGCAGUAUAUUCCAGACCCGCAUGGAGGGCAACAAUAUGUUCUGUGACUUUUACAAUCCGGCCAGCAAAACCUAUUGCAAGCGUCUGCGUGUACUAUGUCCGGAGCAUAGUAAGGACCCCAAGGUAAGCGACACGGAUGUCUGUGGCGCCCCCUUGGUGCACAAUGUCUUCAAUCCGACGGGUGAGUUCUGUCGUGCACCAAAGAAGAACUGCUUCAAGCACUAUGCCUGGGAGAAGAUCCGUCGGGCGGAGAUUGAUCUAGAGCGUGUUCGUCAGUGGCUCAAGAUGGACGAUCUGAUGGAGCAGGAGCGCAUGCUACGACAGCAGCUAACAUCCCGAGCCAAUCUCCUGGGACUGAUGCUGCACUCAACCUACAAUCACGAAGUGAUGGACGAGCUAGUCCGCAAGCAGCAGGAACAUCUGGCGGAGUUUGAGAAGCAAAAGCGCCGUCGCCAGCAGCUUCAGGCAAACCAGAAACUCAUACAGGAGAAGCAGCAGCAGUUGCAGCAGCAGCAGCAACAGCAGCAGCAACAGCAGAAACUUCAACAGCAGAAAGUUGUCGAGCCUCAGCAGCCUGUACAGCAAGUUCAACAGCAGCAGCAACUUCACCAGCAACAACAGCAGCUCCAACAGCAACUUCAACAGCAACUCCAACAGCAGCAGCAGCAGCAACUUCAACAACAGCAGCAGCAACUUCAACAGCAGCAGCAGCAACUGCAACAG